AUGCCUGGACGAACAAAGGCGCAGGACGAUGCUUCGUCUCACGACGCUGAUAUGCAAGACGUCCCACCUUCUGCCCAGGAAGAGAUUGGUCAGGAUGCCGAAAUGAGGGAGGAUGCCGAGGCUGAAGAAGAGGAGGAAGAGGAAGAAAUUGAGGCUCAGAGAGUGCGAAUUCUUCCUGGCUCAACGGACACUGCGGCUUCAUUUGAAUUCACCGAUGAGGGCCAUACACUGGGCAAUGCCCUGAGAUAUAUCAUCAUGAAAAACCCCGACGUGGAAUUCUGCGCCUACUCCAUUCCUCAUCCAUCUGAGCCCAAGAUGAACAUCAGGAUACAGACCUAUGAUGGAACGGCUGUGAAUGCCCUAAAGAAGGGCCUGAGUGAUCUGCAGGAUGUAUGCGAUGUAGUGGCUGAGAAGUUCUGGUCAGAGAGACAAAGCUUCAACGCAGAGCAGGGCAUUGAGCGAUGA